GCGGCCCGCCGGCCGGGCUUCCACGGCUUGUCCUUCUGUGAUUCUCCCCCAAGUCCUGAAGUCGAACCUCCGAGGCGACACGGCGGCUUCAGCCGACUUCUUCCCUUUCCUGUGCCUCCCCAUGGAUAUGCACUGCAAAGCAGACCCCUUCUCCGCGAUGCACCCAGGGCACGGGGGUGUCAACCAGCUCGGGGGGGUGUUUGUGAACGGCAGGCCCCUACCGGACGUGGUGCGGCAGAGGAUCGUGGAGCUGGCUCACCAGGGCGUGCGCCCCUGCGACAUCUCCCGGGAGCUGCGGGUCAGCCACGGCUGCGUCAGCAAGAUCCUGGGCAGGUACUACGAGACCGGGAGCAUCAAGCCCGGCGUGAUCGGCGGCUCCAAGCCGAAGGUCGCUACCCCGAAAGUCGUGGAUAAAAUCGCCGAGUACAAAAGGCAGAACCCCACCAUGUUCGCCUGGGAGAUCCGCGACCGGCUCCUGGCCGAGGGCAUCUGCGACAAUGACACGGUCCCUAGCGUCUCCUCCAUCAACCGGAUCAUCAGAACCAAAGUACAACAGCCUUUCCACCCAACACCAGAUGGGAGCGGAGCAGGGGUAACUGCACCUGGACAUACUAUAGUUCCCAGUACAGCAUCCCCUCCUGUCUCCAGUGCCUCCAAUGAUCCAGUGGGCUCCUACUCCAUUAAUGGGAUUCUGGGGAUUCCUCGGUCGAAUGGUGAGAAGAGGAAGCGUGAUGAAGAAGUAUCUGAGGGCUCGGUCCCCAAUGGUGAUUCCCAGAGCAGUGUGGAUAGUUUGCGGAAGCACCUUCGUGCCGACACUUUCACACAACAGCAGCUGGAAGCAUUAGAUCGGGUCUUCGAGCGGCCUUCUUACCCUGAUGUCUUUCAAGCAUCAGAGCACAUCAAAUCUGAGCAGGGUAAUGAGUAUUCCCUCCCAGCUCUGACCCCUGGUCUUGAUGAAGUCAAGUCAAGUCUAUCCACCUCUGCUAACCCAGACCUGGGGAACAACGUGUCAGGACCCCAGACAUACCCUGUAGUGACUGGUCGUGACAUGGCCAGCACAACCUUGCCUGGCUACCCACCACAUGUUCCACCAACUGGACAAGGCAGCUACCCAACCUCAACUCUUGCAGGAAUGGUGCCUGGGAGUGAAUUCUCAGGCAAUCCUUACAGCCAUCCUCAGUACACAACCUACAAUGAGGCCUGGAGGUUCAGCAAUCCUGCAUUACUAAGUUCCCCUUAUUAUUAUAGUGCCACAUCCCGGGGCUCCGCACCUCCCACUGCUGCCGCUGCCUAUGACCGCCACUAGUUACCAUGGAAACCACAUGAAACUGCAGGGUGACAGCCUAGGCCUCCAUAUUGUACCUGUCUGAUGGACAUUCUGCACCACCUGGAAGAAGACAACAUCCCUCCCUUCCCCCUUCUACCCCUCACUAUUCUUUCAGACUGCAGAAUUUACUGUCAACACAAGAUUGAAAAUGUCAUGUCCCUUGCAGUCUAGCCAAGCUACUCCAUUGGGUGAUGGCAAAACCAAGUUUGUGGCCAGUGGUUCUGCUGUCACUGCAGUACUUCAGACUCCUCCUUGGUGAAUUCUUCAGUUCCUUCCACACGAGGCUUCUCUAACUGUAAGAAGAAUAUAACUUGUGGAGAGUGGCGUGGGCAGGCAGUAGCAGAGGUGAAUGCUGCUUAUAAUUCAUUGUUCCCCCCUAAGAUGAUCUUCUAUGAAAAACAACUCAGAAUGAUCAACAGUCAAAUUUCCAGAAGCCUGAGGGAACCAUGUGGCUCAGCUAAUGAAGGGGGAAAGACUCUGCAUCAUCCACUGUGUUUCACAAAAGUUUCCUUGUGUGGUACAUUUCCUCCCAUUCCUCUAUAGGUUGGUUGAAGUAAUUAGGCCUUGCUUUCUUCUCAAUGUCACCUGAAGAUUGACCAUUUCCAUCCUGUUUGUCAUAAUCUUACAAGCUGAAGGUGAACAAGCAAUCACACUCAUAAAACAUAUACAGAGUCAAGUCAGAUAGGAGGAUGGAGUGAUGUCAACCAACCAUCAAAAUGAAGAACUAUACAAGUGGAUAUAUAAAUAUAACUGUUUUUAAUGCUUUGUCCUGAAAGUCUAUAAAUGGAGGGGGAAAAUAAACAAAACCCCAGUUUUCUAAAAAAGUCAUGACAGAAUAAGCUGAAAUACCACCCCAACUUCAGUGAUAGACACAUUUUCCUGGGUUUCAUUCUUUUCCUAUUAUGCACACAGGAAUGAAUAUUCACAUAUGGCAGAGAGGAGAGCAAGUGCAUUUUGUGGGCAGCUAUCUGCACAAUAUACAAAUUUGGCAACAGUUAGGAAGGAAAAAAUUAAAGCAUCCAUCCUAUGCACAACAUAUAUUUGAUUAGUUGCCAGCCAAAAUAUAUUGCUUUUUGCUGGUGAAUAUAACAGUUGGGCAACUGACAAUGAACCUAAACAAUUCUGUAUAGAAUUGGGAUUGUUUUUUGGUUCUCUAUCUUUUAGUUUCUGCCAUUCAUAUAGAAACAUCAGGAUGGAAUAAAGGCGUGAGAAGUGCUGUACUGCAAAAGAAAUGUUGGAAUGCAGAAAAAACAGAUUUCACUUCCAGAAUGUUAUGCCUUCUCUUCUUAUUUACAAUCACAAAAGAAAGGGCACACACCAGCAGCAGGUUUACAACUUGGUCACAACUUGAUUUGAGAAUGGGCAGAUAAGCGAUCGUGCCAAUGCCAAUUCAUGCCAAAUCUAAAAUUUCAAAAUCACAUUUAAGCUUGCCAUCUAAUGGAAUACAAUCAGAUUCAAGAUCAACCUCUACCAUUAUCCAAGCAGUUAAGGAGAACUUCUGUUAGAGAACUAUUUAUUUAUUUAUAAAAUAGUUCUCUAACAGAAGGCCAUGUAUCCUACCACCUAUCUUGAUCAAGGAGCUGGUUUUUCUGCCAUGCCAUAGCUCUCCCCUCCCUAGCCAAUUGCUCAAGCCUGCUAUUCUGUGUGAAGUAUUUUGAAGGCCCCUCCCCCGCCCCGCUGCCACCUAGUUGAACAUAUGUUUUCUGUUUCCUUGCGGUUGCCCAAAUCUGUUGGGGGCUUCGCUCUGGCCCAUUGCAUCUCAAAUGCUAAUACCAUGGGCUUCCUUCUGCUCUGCUUCUUGGCUUCCUUCCCUUUUAUUGAAAUAAAAAGUUAUAAGAUACAUAAUAAAAGAAAUUUUAAAACUCAAAUUUGUGAAAACUUGAAUACAUCUAGCAGGGUAUUGUCCUCAGAGGAGGGAGAAGAAAAACCUACUCCCCUUUUACCAGAGUGAGGAUCGUGAAGAAAAUGCAUUCCCAUCCCACAAAAGUGACAAGUGAUGGCAUGGGAUGGCUCUUACAGUUAAACAAUUCAUCUCCAAAGCCUCUCCUUAUGUGUUCUAAUUCUCAUGUAAUUCUCCCUUAACAACUGGCAUGCAAAUGAAGGGGAUCUUUUAAUCAGGUUUUUUAUGAGUUACCACAGCAGUUCCCUUGUUCGCUGAGCUGCAUUUGGAGUCUUGAGAUUUUAGCUUAACUUAAUAUUCUACAAAAGGUUGCUAUCUUGGAGGAAUGAAUUUGUGUUUUAUUCCCCAUCUCUUGAUGAUGGCAUCCACUUAAGUUCCAUAACUAUCUUAUC